CCCAAUUGAUGCCUGUUCACGAUUCACCGACUUGUGCUCUCUUCCUCGCUCUCUCAUUAUAGCUGAAUGGCACCAUAGCUCCUUAACCCAUCCCGACGUCUCGCAGUCCUACCAAUCCAUGACCACCGAAAGUUCCCCAAGAGACCGCCUAUGGUCACGGCGGGAAAUCGAGGGCCUGAUAGCAGAAGGGAGGAAGAUUAUAAUCCUCAAUGGACGAGUGAUCAAGGCUGAUGCCUGGCUCCCUUUUCACCCUGGUGGUGACAAGACCAUCCUGCAUAUGGUGGGAAGAGAUGGAACAGAUGAGAUCCGGGCACUUCACUCCCUCGAGGCGCAGGCGCACAUGCAGAAGUUCGUGAUCGGGAGAAUCCAGGGGAGAUGGAUCAACUUUCUGCCCCCAAUACAGGGUGGACAUUUCAGACCAUACGUCAAGGGUCAGGAAGACAACGAUGCAGAAGAAGGAGAGGACUCAGACUUGCAGACCGAUGGUGCUCUCAGCUCUUGCAGUGACAGUAGUGCACCUCCGUCACCCAUCUUCGACCCCGUCGAUGCUCGAGAACGAGGGACGUCGUCACCGUCCACUUCCUCAUUGUCUGAGAAUGAGCAAGCGAACGUCAAGGAUGACCCUAUUCAGAUGAAGCUCUCAGCCGAAAAGUCCUCAGACAUGCUGAAGUACCCAUCACUGGACCACAGCUCACAAGGUCGGAUUGUCGCCAAGUACCGCGAACUCGACGCUCAGAUGCGGGCGGCUGGCCUUUACGACUGUCCAUACGGUGCCUAUGGAGUUGAGUGCUGCAGAUAUAUCCUCCUCUUCGCAUCUUCUCUCCUCGCACUCCACUACUCCUACUACGCCAUCUCGGGGGCCCUUCUCGGCCUUUUCUGGCACCAGCUCGUGUUUACCGCCCAUGACGCUGGACACAUGGGCAUCACACACAACUUUCAUGUCGAUACCUGUAUUGGAAUCUUCAUCGCCGACUUCUUGGGUGGCUUGUCCAUUGGCUGGUGGAAACGCAAUCAUAACGUCCACCACAUCGUUACCAACUCACCGGAACAUGAUCCAGAUAUCGAGCACAUGCCCUUUUUCGCCAUCUCUACCCGGUUUUUCUCGUCCUUACGUUCCACUUAUUACGACCGGAUCAUGCAGUUUGAUAGCAUUGCAAAGUUGGCCAUCGCGAAACAACAUUGGUUAUACUAUCCAAUUCUCCUUCUUGGCCGCUUCAACCUCUACCGCCUCUCCUGGGAGUAUCUCUUUCUGGGUCAAGCCCCAAAGAAGGGACCGGCGUGGUGGCAUCGCUACCUGGAAAUAUUGGGGCAGUUUGUCUUCUGGAGCUGGUUCGGCUACGGAAUUGUGUAUUGCUCCAUUCCUACAGCUUGGGACCGCUUCGUCUUUGUCAUGAUCAGCCACAUGGUCACAGCACCGCUCCACGUCCAGAUCACGCUUUCCCACUUUGCCAUGUCCACCACCGACAUGGGCGUGCAUGAGUCCUUCCCCCAGAAGAUGCUCCGAACCACCAUGGAUGUCGAUUGCGCGCCCUGGCUUGACUUUGUCCACGGCGGAUUACAAUUCCAGGCCGUCCAUCACCUAUACCCGAGGAUCCCCAGACAUAAUCUCCGAAAGGGGCAAGUUUAUGUGCGGGAAUUCUGUAAAGAGACAGGAGUUCCAUAUGCAAUCUAUGGCUUCACGAAGGGGAACAGGGAAGUUCUCGGGAGGUUGGAGGAGGUGGCGAGGCAAGUGAGAGUUUUUGAGGAGUGCAGAAAAGCGUGCGCGAUCGAGGUCGUCGAGGGGAAAGAACAUGCUCACUCUCACUGAGGGAGAAGUCUGGACCCUGAACGGAAAGAUGUGCUGUGUUGAAGCUCGGAUGUACGGGUUUGAAUCAAGAAAGGAAUGGUUGAUAUGAGACCAUUCUUUAUACAUAGAUAAUGAUGAAACGAGACAAGUUGUAAAUAUGGGCUGGAUUACUGGGGGUGGAAAGAGAGGCGUUUAGAUAGCUUGUUUUCAGAUACCAACAAGACCACAUGCUCCUCGAAAGGGAGGUUUCAAGCGA